AUGACUACAAUCGGUUCGUCUAUUCAACACACUAAAGUUCAUCGUUUAUUCUACGUUGAAAAUUAUUCUUCGUCCAGUGAAGAAGUGUUCAAGAUUGCUUCUGAUCAACGAGGCAUUCAUGAAACAGUCAAAAUAUUACAUGGAUUAGAUCUUUCACAAGUCGAACUCUUUGGUAUCUAUGGCGAACAAAAUGCUCUGGAGACUUAUCUGAAAUCAGUAUUUCCUCGAUCUGAUUCACAGAUCGAGGAGUGUUUUAAUGGUGAUGGUAAUCAUAUGCCUGUAGUAUGGACGAUUUAUAAUGACCGGAGAAUUGUCUUUUCGUUAAUCUCCUCUGAUGAUCCAGCUGGAACUCAAGCAGACAAAUCCUGCUAUUUCACCGUUGUGAUGCAACGAUUUCUCCAAGAUAUUUCUUCAAAUAUUUUCAUCUGUCCGUCCAACCAUUUCUUUACUAAUUUCACUGAUAAACAUUCAUUUCAUGGUCGGGUUCAUCGCCAACGGGUAUAUCGGCAAGUGAAGACAAUUCUAACUGAAGUACAACCAGCUCAACGAAUUCAACUCGAAGAUCGAGAGAAUGUGAAAUCUCUAUUUGGUGAUCGAUGUCAACAUGUCUUUGAAAGUGAUAUCAGUCCACAUACAUUCUGUCUUCAUCGCACAUUCGGAGAACAGGAUCGAAAUGCAGUGAAGAAAUUCCUAAAUUUGAAAGUAAAUUUACAAAAAAGAAUUGAUUUAGACAAUUUGAACUUACGUUUCAUUCUUGAUGUUUGCCAAGAAUGUCAAAUUCAAGUGUCACAAGAUCAAAAAUAUCGCAUUAUUUCGACUAUUCAAUGUUGCAUCACAUCUUAUCAAAAUCAAAGGCAAAGCGCCGAAAACAAUGGAAAAUCUUUAAUCAGAGCUCUGCUUGGUGAUACAACACUUUUAGGCUGGCGUUGGUCGAGUCAUGUAGACAUUUCGGAUCACACUCGACAACGAUUGUAUCGCGAGAUAACAGAAUGGCUGACCAAUCCAAACAUAAAUAUAUUGGCAGUAGAUUUCGCUCAAACGAUCGUUGAAAUUAUUGAUCAAAACCAACCCAAAAAGAAAUCCAAGACUUCUAUCACAUUAGACGACACAAAUUACCUCAUUAGUAAGCUGAAAGCUUUCGAGGAAAAGCAUAAAAUUUGCGCACUUCGAGAGGAUCUCAUCAACACGAUCCUCUCAGAUCUGAAAUCGGAAAAUCAAUUUGAAGUUUAUUACGAUAUUUAUCAGUUGUCUUACACUGCUUCUAAUACUGCACAGAUUGUCUCAGAUCUCACCAUUAAAUGUAAUGAUACGAAUCAAAUCGCUUUUAGUUCAUUAGCUCAAUUACUGAAUAUUGUUGAGUUAUCUGAAUCUGAUCGUCGAACCUUUGCUGAUCGGAUGCAAUUUGUUGAUUGCUUCAAAACUUAUGAUGGUACAGGUGAUAUUCUUGUUCUUCGUCGACCAAAUGUCAAUAAUAAAACAAUUAGUUCUACCUCUGGGCUUAGCAUAUUCUAUCUGAAGAAGACUAUUCUUCGCAAGAUUACAGAUUAUUCUCUAAUGAACAUCCGUAUUACUUAUGCAUGUAAUUCCACAUCACAAACAUUAGUUCUAUAUAACAUCGAGACAGGUGCAGUGACAAGAUGUAUUGUGAAUGCAUUUGGACAUAGGGAGAGAAGCGAUGCCCUACAGAUGGUGACUGCCGCGACGAAACCGGCAGAUAUCAAAAGUAUGGCUUUGACUGUGCCACAAGAUUAUCUCAUUCUUAUCGAUUCGAAGUCGAACGUUUAUUCGAUGGAUCUAUCAAAGGAGAAUUUCACUUCGAUCGAUUUACUCUUGAAAACUAAAGAUGGUAAAACCUAUGAAUCGAACUUUGUUGCUGACAAUAAUGAGCUGUACGAGCAUGUUCAAACCAUUGGGGAAAGAAGUCCCGUGUUUUUCUUUCAAUCGAAGUCUUGUGUCGAUAUCAUUGAUCGAAAUAAUCAACAAAUUCAAAGUAUCAAACUCGGAGACCAUUUCAAUCCAUGCCGAAUGCAAAUUUUCACUGAUCUAGUGACGACAUAUUGUGUUUUAUUCAAUAGUCAACAAUAUGAAGUCUAUGCUGUUCAAAAUCUCAUAUCUGAUGCUCGUAUUGAACGUCAAAAGAGUUGGACUGAUCUUUCUCAAGAAAACAACGAAUACAUUGGAAAUCGUUUGUUAGAUGUGAUCAAACGAGGAGAAAUUCAUUUCGCUCGAUUAGAUUCUGCGCAGAAGACUCAAUAUCAUUUUAUUGUUCCCUCUGAUCGGGAGAUUUUUCGUGAUCGUAUUCUUCAAUAUUUUCGCGAUCUGUCCCUCUCUGCUAAUUUACAUAUUCAGAAUGAUAUUCCAAAGUUAUUGCUGGACUCUCGAAAUGCUGACCAAAUCUCUCAAAUUAUCUAUAGUCGAGUUCCAUUACAGUUAUGUACCAUUGAAAUGGGCACAUUGAUUCCAUUAAAUAAUGGUCGACGAGAUCGAAUGGAUCAUCUCUUAUCGAAAGCCUUUAGCAUCGGGAUGAAAACACGAGAGAUCUCUUUCUCUUAUUUGAAUCAAAUUUUGAACGACAUUGAUCAUAGUGUUCGUAUUGUCGGUGUGAUUGGUCGACAAUCUACAGGGAAAAGUUAUCUGAUGAAUCGAAUCUUUGGAACAAGAUUUGCUGUUGCUGCCGGUCGAUGUACUGAUGGUAUCCGGAUGAGUUAUGCUUGCUGUAAUGGUCAAGAGCAUCUUGUGUUAGAUCAUGAAGGAUUAUUUAGUGAUCAAAGAACAGAAGAUGAAGAGAUCAAACUGAUCGCCUUCUUAGCUGCGAUGUGUGAUAUGACGAUUCUUAGUCAAGAUCUUGGAUUUAGUCGAUUUCAGGAUCGAUUAUUUGGUUUUUUAUCACAAGCUGCGCAAAAGAUUGGCAAGAAUGAGAAAUUAUUUCAAGGAUGUCUGUUGGUUGCUGUGAGAGAUAUAAGUGAUAAUAAUGCGGAUGAAUCACUUGAUGCAGCAGAGAAGAAAUUCAAGGACCUACAAAGGAGAGGACAAUGCAGUUUUCUUGAACAGCUAUUUUCCAACACAUUCCUCAUUCAACCAUUACAUCAUUUCGAAAAUGUCAAUUUCGAUUAUGAAAUUAUGAAACUAAGAGAAUCACUUAUUGGUCAAUCCGACAAAAAACGAUGGAACAAUGGCAAAGACAUAAGUGAUCGAAUGAAAAUUCUUCUAGUUCAGUUAUACACAGAUGAUUUCAAGGAUUCAGAUGAAAUUCAAAUUCAGCUGAAAUUAUCUGAACUGGAAGAGAAAAUGAAAAAGCUUUGGUUACAUUUUGAUACAGAAGAUUGCGAGUCACAAAUGAUCGAAAAAGUGUUUGAAGGGGUGACUUACUCUUUGCAAUUAAAACAUCAAGAUUUGCAACUACAGGAAGAAUCAAUGGUAGAUAAUUAUGAAAAACUGUGUCAAUUUCUAUUUCAAUCUCUUUAUUUUACUGAUGAAACAAAAGAAAAAAAAGAAUGGUGUUUUGGUGUUCUUAGAUAG